GAAUAGUUACGCAACAGUAGGAAAGCGACAACCGUACUGCGGUAUUCGACGAUAUUUGCAAUUGAAGUAGAUUGCGUGUAACUGGCACGUAAUAGAUUAAUUGGAACGCCUCGAUGCCGACAGGAAGGUUGUUCAAAACGUAUCGGCAGUUGUCUAAAUCUUAGGAUGAAGAACGCGGCCCUGGCGAUUCUCUGUUACUCGUGGCUGAACCUUUUCACGAAAGUGCGCUCCAACGCGAGUUGGUCGUCCGAUGACGCGAAGAAUUCCACCUUGAAAUCAGGGAUACUGCUACCAGAACAUUAUGUGAAAGAGAUCAGGCCACCGUCGAAGCGAGGCAUGCCUGUGAUAGUAGACUUUAAUAUCCUCGUGGCUGAUAUCAAUUCGAUAAACGUGGAGGACAUGGACUUCAGAGUGGACAUGUUCGUGCGCGAGAGCUGGAUAGAGUCUCGUCUAGACAUGCCUGACGAUAUCUUCGAGGAGGGUGACGAUUACGUGACCUUGCCACCUGACUUCUUCGACAGUUUAUGGCAGCCUGAUCUUUACUUUUUAAACGCCAAAAUUUCCGAAAUCGCCGCGUUGAACCACAAAUUCUCGUCGGUGACCCUGUACAGAAACAAAACCGUGAAAUACUCGGCACGAAUGCACGCAAUUAUCGCCUGUCAAAUGGAGUUUCAGCUGUACCCGAUGGACAUACAAAUAUGUCCGAUCUACAUAGAAAGCUUUUCCUAUCACAUACAGAAGUUACGCUUGCGAUGGGGCGGAGAUGGUGUCACGGUGAACCCGGAACUGAAGCUGUUGCAGUACGACAUCGGGAAACCUGUGGUUGCUGAGGAAACGGUCGACUACGUGUUCGAGAAGAGCGGGAACUUCUCGCGCUUGGUGGUCUACAUCCGCUUCGAGAGGCAAAUCGGCCAUCACUUGAUACAAACAUUCGCUCCCUCGACGCUGGUUGUGAUGCUCUCUUGGUUCAGCUUCUGGUUAGGCCUGGACGCCAUCCCUGGUCGGGUGGCCUUGUUGGUGACCAGCAUGCUCACCCUAGUCACGAUGUUCACUGGUCUUAAAAGCGACAUUCCGCCAGUCGCGUACGUGAAAGCGCUGGAUGUGUGGAUGGCGGGUUGCAUGAUGUUCGUGUUCGCUGCGCUCGGCGAAUUCGUAGUGGUCAAGGUGCUCGACUUGCGAUACCAACUGGAGUACGACCUUCAGGCAUCGCUAAUAUCCAGGCUUUAUCCAACACGGAUUAUCGCUAUGGAUAAAGGUCAAAGCAUCUGGGAUUACGACUCGACGUACGUACCGAAAGUGAAAAAGAAAAGAGCCGGUAGCAAGCAUCUCUUGCAGCCCGCUUGGCUGGAUCCUGAGUGCCAGAUGUUACGCGUGUACAAGCCACAUUCUCAAAAGAUUGACACUUACAGUAGAAUGGGAUUUCCCGUACUUUUUAUGCUGUUUAUGAUUUUGUACUGGCCGAUAUUGUUGCUGAAGAAAGCGGCAUAGAAAUGUAUACCCUAUAUUUAGGUGAAAACGUGUAAAUUAUUAAGAGAAGGAGUAGUUAAAUUCGUCUAAAAUACCGAAUAGAACAAACAUUCCUAAAGAAUAUUUAAUAAAUUUAUUACAAAAAUCUUAUACAUAAUCC